AUGGCUAUUGAAGAAUUCCCAAUCUCUGAAGAGCGUAAGGACCUCAACUUGAUCUCUAAAACAAACAUAAAUAAAUUAGUAAAAGUAGAAUCCUUAACUAAUAUGCAAAAAGAAGAGGCAGCACUUAUCUUAGAAGAAUUUAGUGAGCUGUUCUCUACAAGAUUAGAUUGGCUGGGGUAUGUGGCUGAAGUACACCAUGAGAUAGAUAUGGAAAACGCAAAGCCAACCAGACAAGCUGCGUACCAAGUAGCACCUGAUGAACAAAACUUUUUAAAUAAGGAGAUUGAUAAAGCAAAGAAGGCAACAGGAGUUGAUAAUUCAACAACUGGAUAUGGAAUUUUAUAUAAAGUUACUUGGGCAUACCAAAACAGAUACUAUAGUGCGAGAAGGACUAAAGAUAGUGAGGACAACUCUAUGAAUAUUAAUAAGAAAUAUUUAAUGACUCACCAAAAUGGACUGAUGAAGAGCUGGAAUUCGACAGUAACCAUGAAACAUAUGACCAGAGUUACACUCAUAAUUUCUGCUUGGGUUAUAGUGAAUAUUGGUGAAAUACCAACAUUGACAAGGGAGAGUACUAUAACAUCAAGGUCGACCUGGAAGACUCUGAGAAAUUCUGACUAUAAGGGGAUCAAAAAUACACAUAAACUUAAAAAAGAAAAAAGAACGCAAUACUCAUCAAGGUUCAAACCUAAUGAUAAAAUCCAAUCCAGUCCAGGUCAUCAGUAUCCUGGCAAAUAUAAAGAAUUGAAAUAUCCAAAACAGACUGUUAAAGGUUCUUCAGGACAUGAAACUGAACCAAUACUAUUUCAACUCCAUAAACACCCAUUAGGGGCACACUUGCAAUAUGUUUAUUCACUUAAAUGA